AUGGCAUACUCUGAUAGAACAUUAUAUCGUCCAUUAUACCAGAAACAAAUUUACUCAAGUUGGAUGUUUCCAAGAAUAAUAAAAAAUAUUGCUGCAUGUUUGUCACUCGCCUUCUUUAUUGCAAUACAAUUUAUUCAUCUAAAUCAACGACAUAUCAAUUCAAAUUCCUCUCCGUCUUCUUGGAAAGUCAAUCAACACAAAGUACAUACUGAUAGUAGUAUUAGCAAUAUCAUAGUUGUCAUCGAUGGUGAUCAACAAGCAACCAGUUUACAACCCAUUUACUGUAAACUAACUAAAAGAGAUGAAAAUGUUUAUACUCAUGUAAUUGUUACCGGCCAAGGUCGUGGAAUGAGCGGUACAAAACUAUUAAGGUUGAAUUCCCUAUUUCCAAACUGUGAUGUAUCCGUAUAUGACCUAGAACUUCGUAAAGGUAUUUCUUCAAAUGAAAAUGUCAUAUCAUUGGUAUUUCAAGGAAUAAAUCGUGCAUUAGAUCAAAUUCGUCCGGACGUUUUGAUUUAUAUAAAUGAUCCUGAAAGUGAAACCGUACGUGGUAUUGAUGCCGCAUUAGCUGCUUCUUUUGAAACAAAAAGUAUUGCAAAGAUUGCAAUACCAAUUCAACAUACGAAACACUUAAUGUGGAUACCUGAGUUAUCGAUAGAGUCGCUUAAAAACUGGAACACUCCAACAAUUCAGUUACAAGUAAUCACUCAAAAUCGACCUCACUCUCUAGCACGCCUUAUGAGAUCUCUCAAUUCAUCCAUUUAUUUUGGUGAUGAAGUGCAUCUCACUAUACACAUGGAUAAAGGUUCUGAUCCGGUUACCAUUAAAUAUAGUCAUGCAUUUGAAUGGACUUUUGGUCAAAAAAACAUUCGAUAUCGAGUAAUUCAAGGUGGUUUAUUGUCUUCUGUGGUAGAAUCUUAUUAUCCUAGUGACGAUCAUGAUUAUGGUGUAAUUUUAGAAGAUGAUGUUGAACUUUCUCCAUUUUAUUACAUAUGGACUAAAUAUAAUAUCUUAAAAUAUAGAUAUAGUACUGAUCGAAAUUUAUCUGGUAGAAUGUUUGGUAUUAGCCUUUACGAUACAAAACUUAGUGAAUUACAUUUACCUGGUCGUAGACCUUUUAACCCUGCUCUCGUUUUAAGAGGUACAAUAUAUCCUAACCAAUCUCCAUAUCUUAGUCAAGUUCCUUGUAGUUGGGGUGCCAUAUAUUUCCCUGAAGUAUGGCGUGAAUUUCGUAUUUAUCAAAAUGCUAGAUUAAAUGAUGUUGAUGGUCUUAAGUUACAAAAUAUAACUGUACCAGGGAGUAGAUCAAAUCGUUGGAAAAAUUCUUGGAAACGUUUCUUUAUAGAACUUGCUUAUCUUCGUGGUUACGUAAUGCUCUAUCCUAAUUAUAAGGAUUCAAUUAGUUUUUCCACUAAUCAUGCUGAGAUAGGUGUUCACAAUCAUCUUAGAGAAGGAAAAAGACGUGAUGUUUUUGAACUUCCAUUAAUGAAAGAGGAUAUUUUAUUGGAAGGUUUACCUAAUGGUCGUUUACCAGAUUUUAAAGAUUUACCAACUAUGGAUCUUUGGGGAAAGGUUACAUCAACAAAAGAAUUAAUUCAACGUGGACGUGAAUUACAUUUGGAAAUUUCUGUUUGUCCUCCUACCGGUCUUGAUAAACUCACUUAUGAUCCUCAAGACUUAUUAUGUGUGGAUGAAGAAGCUUACCGCAUUAAAAUGGAAAGUCUUUCCGAGUCCGAGAUCGAUGAUACAGAGAUGGAUGAAUUAUUUAUUAAAGAGGAAAAUCCUAUAAAACAACCAGUAAUAAAUGAUGAUAAAGUAAUUCUCUCUGAUUAUCCAGUGGAUGAAAUAAUUCUUUCUGAUGACAAAAAGAAUAAUAUAAUUCACUCUGAUGACAAAGAGAAUCAAAUAAUUAAUUCUGAUGACGAAGAGAAUAUGCAUGUUGUCUUUGAGAAAAUAACAAAUUCGCUUUGA